AUGAAUAACGAUUCAGUGACGUGGGAAAUAUUGGGUAAAGGGAAAUGUUCCUUUAAGAAAAAAGUAGAUACUGAAAUAUUUUGUUUAAAUGAAUAUAAUGUAACAGGUUUAUGUACAAAAUCAAAUUGUCCGCUAAGUAAUAGUGUAUAUUCUACAAUAAUAUUAGAUAAGGGUGAAAUAUAUUUAUAUAUGAAAUCUGUUGAAAGAGCACAUUUACCUAGUGCGUUAUGGAGUAGGGUGCUUUUGAGUUUAAACAAAAAGGAAGCUUUUAAUGUUAUUUAUAAAGAGUUAAAAUUUACACAGAAUAUAAAACAUAUAAAGAAAUGCAUGAAGAGAUAUGUAAGGAUAAAAGAAAUAUUAAAGAGGAGUAGAAAACUCAUAUUACAAAAACAAGUAAAAAUAAUGCCUAUUAAGAAGAAAACGGAAAGGAGAGAUAAAACAAGAGAAAAAAAAGCUUUAAAAGCUGCAAACCUUUUAAAUAACGUAGAAAAGGAAUUGUUGAAUAGAUUAAAUACAGGAAUUUAUGGAUCUCUGUAUAAGUUCUUAACUCCUAAAAAGAAAAUGAAAAAUAAGGAUUCUGAAUUAACAAAAAUAUUUGAUGUGAUGGGGGAGAAUAAAGAUGAAAUGAAAAAGAAGGGGAAAAAAGGAAAGGACGAAAAUGUAAAUUAUGAGACAAUGUCUCAGGAGGGUGCAGGCGGGGAGGAUGAUGAAGAUGAAGAUAUAGAUAUGGAUGAUGAUGAUGAAGAUGUAGAUAUGGAUGAUGAAGAUGUAGAUAUGGAUGAUGAAGAUGUAGAUAUGGAUGAUGAUGAUGUAGAUAUGGAUGAUGAUGAUGUAGAUAUGGAUGAUGAUGAUGAAGAUGUAGAUAUGGAUGAUGAUGAUGAAGAUGUAGAUAUGGAUGACGAUGAAGGUGGUAUAUAUGAUGAUAAUGAUGAGGAUGACUAUGAUAAUUAUAAUGAUAAAGACAGCGUUGAAGAAAGUAGCUCAAUAAGUAAUGAUAAGAAGAAGAAAAAGAAAAGAAAGAGAAAAGAAUACAAAAAGGAAUAUGUUGACAAUGAGCACAUAAAAAAUUUACAAGCAAAUGGGAAGCUGGCAAUUGACGAUGAUGAAAUAGAAGAAAUGAAUCAUAAUUUUAGAAGAAAAAAAAAAUCAAAUAAUAAAAAGGAAAAAGGCAAGAAGAAGAUUAAAAUGGUUUACGAAAAUGACUAA